GACCCAAACACAUUGGUUUAACGCCCUAAACCUAACGUAUACAUCCCGUAGAGAAAGAAGGUCGUGGACUCUGCAGCUGCAAUCCCACUCGUUUAUGCUCGAAUCCUCCGUCCUUUACCGCUCGAAGCUACAUCACGAGAGGGAAAUGGAAUCGAAAAACAAAACUAGCGAGAAUGGCAAGAAGAAGAAGCAGAAGAAUAGGAAUGAGGAGAACAAGGACGAAGCAGCAACCCCCGCUGUAGCGGGUGCGCAGGAUAACGAUAACCAUGGCAGGAAGAAGGUCAUCACAGAUGCUCGUUUCUCAUCUGUGCACUUUGACCCUAGAUUCCAAAAGGUGCCGAAAAAUCAAGCGAAGGUUUCGAUAGACUCCCGCUUUAAUCGCAUGUUCUCUGAUAAGAGAUUUACGUCGUCUUCUGCUCGCGUUGACAAAAGAGGAAAACUUAAGAGUGAAACAUCAGGAAACCCCCUCCGCCAUUACUAUCGGUUCGAAGAAGAAGAUAAGGCAAAGCGAGAGGACGACGAAGAAAGCGAAGAGAGUGAUAAUGGCGAUUUGCAAAAACCCAGUCAAGCAUCAUCGGACUCUGAAUCUAGUAGCGAUUCCGAGCUUUCUAAAUCUUCAGAAGAAUCUGAAAGUGAUACUUCUUCGUCCACUUCUGACACGGAUGACAGGGAUAGAAUUUUGUCGGACGAUGAAAAGGAGCUCACUAUCCAGGAGGAGAACAUACCGGUUAUCGAAAAAGAAACCCACAGACUGGCCGUUUUGAAUAUGGAUUGGAGUCAAGUCAAGGCUGUUGAUUUAUAUGUGGUAUUGAGCUCAUUUCUCCCUAAAGGCGGACAAAUUUUGUCCGUGGCUGUUUAUCCAUCUGAAUUUGGACUUAAGCGUAUGGAGGAAGAAGCAGUUCAUGGACCUGUUAGUCUUUUUGGCAAUGACAAAGAGCAGAGUGAUGAUGAUGAUGAUGAAAUUGACAAUGAAAAGUUGCGUGCAUAUGAAAUGAGUAGGCUAAGAUAUUAUUAUGCAGUUGUGGAGUGUGAUUCUAGUGCUACCGCAGAUUACCUUUAUAAAGCUUGUGAUGGAGUUGAGUUUGAGCGAUCAUCAAAUGUGUUGGAUUUGCGUUUUAUUCCUGAUUCUGUGGAAUUUAAACAUCCUCCUCGUGACAUUGCAACAGAGGCACCAACAAACUAUCAAGGGUUAGAUUUCCAUACACGUGCACUACAACAAAGUAAAGUCCAUCUUUCUUGGGAUGAGGAUGAGCCUCAGCGUUUGAAGACCUUAAGACGGAAAUUAAAUGAUGAUCAGCUAGCUGACUUGGAACUAAAGGAGUAUUUGGCUUCUGAUGAUGAUGAAACCGAUGAUGAUGAGAAUAAUGAAUCUAUGGAUGGUGAUUCAAAAAAGAAGCUUGAUAAGCGCGAUAUGUAUCGUGCUCUUGUACAUUCUGGAGAUGGUUCAGACGAAGAUGGUGAGGAGGAUGACAAGGAUAUGGAAGUCACUUUCAACACUGGCUUAGAGGACCUAAGUAAGCGUAUUCUUGAGAAGAAGGACAAUAAAUCAGAGACAGUUUGGGAGGCUUACCUGAGAAAGCAACGAGAGAAGAAGGCAGCUAGAAAGAAAAAUUCCAAGUAUUCAUCAGGUGAUGAGAGCAGUGAUAGUGAUCAAGAAGUACCUGAACAGCCUGAUGACUUUUUUGUUGAAGAGCCAUCAGUGCAUGGUAAAAAAGCAGUUCGAAGUAAAAACCCUCAAAAGGAAAAGCAGCAGCAGGAAACUUACAAGGAACAAGAAGUAAGCCAAGCAGAGCUUGAGUUAUUGCUUGCUGAUGAUCAGACAACAGAGCAUAAUCUUAAGGGAUAUAAUUUGAAACCCAAAAAAGCCAAGGGCAAAAAGGGCAAAAAGGCGAAGGAUGUGCCAAUGGAGGGAAAGCUACCAUCUGUCGACUACGAUGAUCCACGAUUUUCACAACUUUUUACUUCUCCUCUCUUUGCCUUGGACCCAACAGACCCACAGUUUAAAAGGAGUGCAGCUUACAUUCGGCAAUUGGCACAGAAAAAUAAAAAAGGUGAUCAUGAAGAUGUAGCAGAUAAAGGACCGGAAGAAAAACAAACUCAAAUGCCAUCUGAUAGCAUGUCUAUCGAGCAAGCACGUUCUGAUAAUGUGUCACUAAAGAAAGAAAAGCAUGAACUCUCAUCCUUGGUUCGAUCAGUGAAGAAAAAAUCCCAACAAACUCAAAUGCAAACAAAGGAUAAGAAGACGAAGAAAGAGCAGAAAUUGCAAUCUGAUUCCAUGUGUAGGAAGAGAGAAAAACCUGAGCUUAGUGAAUUGGUUCGGUCACUAGAGAAAAAGCGCAGAAACUAGCGAAACUCCUUUCCUUUAGAGGGCAAGUGAAAAUAUAUGGUGGAAAAUCUAUAACCAAGCAUCUUUUAGAUGCUGUCUAUUUUAUUGGAUUUAGUGCCUGGCUAUAGAAGAUACGUGAUGCUCACUAGAGCCUAGAAGUGAACCAGGUUUUGUCAAGGCUUAUCAGCAAAGAACUUGAGAGUGCAAACACAAGGUUUCGAAAGUGCAAAUGUGAUCAUGCGUGACUCCAUUCUCAUAGAGGAAAAGUUCGCCAUGGUUAGAGGUGCACUGAAGUAAAGCUGAAGUUUUAUCUCAAAUUUUUGUAGAAAUAAUUUGGCUGCCUAAAUUCUAUACAAUAAAAUUAAGCUGUAAUAAUAGAAAUCGGUGCUGCAUACAUUACGUUGUUGGAUGAACUAACGUGUCACGCAGGGGCAGACUUUUGGCAAAGUUUUAUCUGUUUGGAUUUUGGUUUGGAAUUUGUGAUUGACACUUUUGCCGAAUCACUUUACUUGCUUGUAUCUGGUUGUCUAUAAGUCACUAUUUUAAUUCA